CAUCUUUUUGUGUGUAAUCAGAGAGCUUCUCCUUUCUAGAACUUGGAAGAUUAGAUUCGAGUAUACUCACUGGCUUUUCAAUUUGAAUAAUGGAAGGGCGUCAUCUUCAUCAACAUGGAGAACGGCAACGGCAACAGCUACAACAACAACAACAACACCUUCACCCUCAAAAUAUGAGUGUUAACAUGGAUACCAUUGAUAGGUUCCCUCAGUGGAGCAUCCAAGAGACCAAGGAGUUCCUAAUGAUCCGAGCAGAGCUUGAUCAAACUUUCAUGGACACAAAGAGGAAUAAGCAGUUAUGGGAAGUCAUCUCCAACCAUAUGAAGGAAAAGGGUUACCAUCGAAGUCCAGAUCAGUGCAAGUGCAAGUGGAAAAACCUUGUUACCCGCUAUAAGGGAUGUGAAACAAUGGAGCCAGAAUUGAGACAGCAAUUCCCAUUUUACAAUGAACUUCAAGUGAUUUUCACAGCAAGGAUGCAGAGAAUGUUGUGGGCUGAAGCUGAAGGCGGUUCAAAGAAGAAGGCUAUGCAUCUCUCUUCUGAAGAAGAAGAUGAUGGUAAUGAAGGGAGCGAAGCAGAUCAAAAGGGUAGUAGCAGAAAGAAGAAAAAAGCUAAGAUAGUUAGUGUCGGUAGUGGUAGCACUAGCAGUAGCAGUUUGAACAAUUUGAAGGAGAUUCUGGAAGAGUUCAUGAGACAACAAAUGCAAAUUGAAGCACAAUGGAUGGAAGCAUUUGAGGCAAGGGAGAAUGAAAGAAGGUUAAAGGAGAUGGAGUGGAGACAAACCAUGGAAGUUUUGGAGAAUGAGAGGAUAAUGAUGGAUCAAAGAUGGAGAGAAAGGGAAGAACAAAGGAGAAUUAGAGAAGAAGCUAGGGCUGAGAAAAGAGAUGCUCUAAUCAUGGCUCUGCUAAACAAGCUAGGAAGGGAAGAGAUGUAGUUUAGUUAGUUAUAGCUUAGAUAACUUACUUUGUUGUGGUUUUUUCUUCUCAUGAA